AUGAUGACUGCACCUGCAACCUCAUUUUUGAAUCGCUCAUCACUACAGUCCAAUUCCAGCAACAACACUAGCAGCAACCCACAUUCCCCUCCACUUUUAGAUUUACUGAUGUCCUGCUUCACCAUGAUAUUUGGUACCGUCUCUAACCUGACUGCUUUGGGAAUCCUGGCUAUGUCUCGUGGCAGAUUUCGAGGCCAGUCCAAAGCUUCAUUCCUUCUGCUGACAGUGGCUUUACUUUUGGCUGACCUAGGAGGACAUUUCAUCCUAGGUGCCUUUGCGUUGUAUGGACACAUAAGUGCGAGGUAUAAAAUGCCAUCCAUAAAUUCCAGCGUGCCUUUUUGUAAUACCUUUGGAGCAAGUAUGGUGUUUUUUGGCUUGUGUCCUUUGCUGCUGGGUUGUGCCAUGGCAGUUGAGCGCUGGGUGGCAAUCAAUCGACCUUUCCUUCAUGUUUCCAUUACAUUGACUCAUAUGAAGAGAGUGGUGUUACUUUUUACCUCUUCUGCGCUCAUGCUCGCUUUGUUACCUGUUUUCACUGUGGGGAAAUAUGCUACCCAAUAUCCUGGCACAUGGUGUUUUUUGCCUAUUCAAGGCUCACAGACUACAGCUGACAAAAGUCUAGUUUUGGCCUUCUCAUGUCUGGGACUCACUGCACUCAUUUUGUCCCUGCUUUGCAACAUCCUGAGUGGCCUGCCAUUGCUGAAAGCCAAGUUAGAGUCAGGAAACUGUUAUGCAAAUCCUUCAGCUCGAAGUUCUCGCCGUGCAUCUUCUACAUCAACUUCAUCCUCCGUCUUUUGCUCAUUGGAAGUGGAGAUGUUGGUGCAACUGGCAGGAGUCACUGUGGUGUCCUGUGUCUGCUGGGGCCCCUUUCUUAUCAACAUUCUUAUGAAGCAGCUCCACUGGGGUCCCAAAAACCAGGAAAAUGGGUUUAUUCUUCAGAGCUUACGCUUGGUCACCUGGAAUCAGAUCUUGGACCCCUGGGUGUACAUCUUAAUAAGAAGGACAACAUUUUCAAGGCUCUGCUGUGGUGUCUACAGCCAAAACUUCAGGACACCAAGCACCUCUUUUAUAGACAGUCGCAGAGAGACCUUAAUGUAA